AUGUCAUCAUCAGCAGUUUCAAGUCUUCUAUUAGAAGCAAAUAAUUUAAAUUAUAUUGCUAUGAUGUUUAUUCGAUGCUAUUGUUAUAUAGUUAUACCUCCUGGUACUCUAGGUCAUCUCUUGAGUAUUUAUGUAUUUACUCGUCGUUCGCUACUAUCUAAUCCAUGUAGUCGAUAUUUCCUAGCAGCUAGUAUUAUUGGACUAUUACAUACAUGUUAUGUCUUACCUAUGAGAAUGAUACAAUCGGCUUUUGUUGAUACAGAUCCUGGUGCAUAUUCAGUUGUAUUCUGUAAAAUAACAUGGCUUUUAUUAAAUUCAUUAAGGGGUUUAGGUUUUUGGUUCAUUGUGUGCGCCUGCGCUGAUCGGUAUUUAUGCAGUUCUCGCUCAAUAAAUAUGAGAGCAUGGAGCAGUGUACGCGUAGCUAAUCGAGUUAUUCCUCUUAUUAUUCUUAUUAUUUUGGUGGCUUAUAGUCAUGUCCCUGUCUUUUUCGAAAUCGACAUCAUACCAGCUACUCAAAAACCUAUAUGUUAUCCUCCAGGACCACCAGGAACUUAUCGUAUAGUUUUAUCAUAUUUUAAUCUAAUUUUUCUUGGUUUAUCACCGUCGUUAGCUAUGCUUAUGUUUGGUUUACUUACAUUACGAAAUGUUGAACGAGCGAAACGACUUCGUGUUGUACCAACAACUGAGACGAUCAAUAUAACUAAUCGAACGACUAAUACACAUAUGCUUCGAAUGUUACUUGUUCAAGUAUUAGUAUAUUGUAUAACUGGAUUAACAUUUUCUGUUGCAUUAAUUAUUACAGCAAUAAAUGCGAGUGCACCAAAAAAUGCUUUUCAAGUCGCUCAAGAAAAUAUGAUUAAUGCAGCUGUUGGUAUGCUUUCAACUGUUGGUCCUUGUUUAAGUUUCUAUUUAUUUACACUAUCAAGUGGUCUAUUUAGAAAGGAACUUAAAAAACUUUAUCAAAAACUUCACCGAGCUGAAAAUCAUCCACAACAAAUUAGGAUUCAAACAACUAAUACAGAUCAUGAUGGAACUAUAAGAACUAUGAUAUUAUUAAUUGUUUUACUACUUCUUCUUGAUUCAAUCUAUCAAUUAUAUCGAUACUUCUUUCCAUUACCAAAUAUCGAUCCAAAAGGAAAAUAUGUUCUUAUUAGUGGUUGUGAUAGUGGAUUUGGUCAUACUCUAGCUAUUGAACUGGACAAACAAGGUUUUAAUGUAUUUGCUGGUAUAUUAAAUUCAAAUAGUGAAACUUCACUUCGUAAUAAUCUUUCAGAACGAGCUUCUAUCUUCCGUUUGGAUAUAACACGACAAGAAGAUAUUGAUGCUGCAUUUGAAUUAGUUCAAGAAAAAACUAAUAUACUUCAUGCACUUGUUAACAACGCGGGAAUUAGUACAAGUGCUUAUAUUGAUUGGAUGACAAUGGAAUCUAUGCGAAGAAUCAUGGAUGUAAAUUUUUUUGGACAUGUUGCAAUGACAAAAACAUUUUUGCCUUUACUCAUAAAAAAACGUGGUUCACGUGUUAUUAAUAUCUGUUCUGUAGCAGGUAUUCUUACUACACCUAUGAAAUCAGCUUAUUCAUCUUCGAAAUAUGCAUUAGAAUCAUUUAGCGAUUGUCUUCGAAGGGAAAUGGCAUCUUGGGGUCUAUAUGUUUCAAUUGUUGAGCCGGGUCCAAUGAAAACACCAAUUAUUGAUGGACAUGAUAAACUUAUGACAAAAUUUUGGAAUGAAUCAUCAAAAGAUGUUCAAGAUCGAUGGGGUGAAGAUUUUUUUCAAAUGCAAACUAAAAAACUAUCGGAUAAUUUUCUUUAUCGUUAUGCCGAAGAUCAAACUAAGGUCAUACGAUCACUUCAACAUGCAGUGAUAAAUUCAAGACCCGAAAUUCGUUAUCGCCCUGGUUGGCAAUCAAAAUUAUUUUUCUUACCAUUAUCGAUGGCACCUACUUGGCUAACAGAUUUUAUUCUAAUUCGUGCAGCUAAUACUGAUCUUAAGCCUGCUGGUGUACGAAAAUAUCAUAUAGACUAG